AUUAAGAGAUUAAUACAGUCUGUCUUGCCUUGUUCGGUAUUGGAUGGUGCUGCCUGCCGCUUUGGCUUCGCCUUUGAUUCUCCCUCCCCCACUUCAUCGCUCACUCCCUCAUUCUCAAAUCUCGCUCUCAUGGCUUCCAUUUUCGAAUCUUGUUGGCAGUACUUGAUCACAAAUUUCAGCGACUUUCAACUGGCAUGUUUAGGAAGUUUCUUUCUGCAUGAAAGUGUUUUCUUCUUAUCUGGACUUCCUUUUGUGUGGAUCGAGAGGGCAGGUUGGUUGAGCAAGUACAAGAUUCAGGCAAAAAAUAAUACCCCUGCAGCGCAGGAUAAAUGUAUUGUUCGCCUGUUGAUAUAUCAUUUUGGUGUCAAUCUACCUGUUAUGAUUUUCUCGUAUCCCGUUUUCAAAUACAUGGGCAUGCGGAGUAGUCUUCCCCUACCGUCUUGGAACGUAAUUCUAACACAAAUAAUAUUCUACUUCAUUUUGGAGGACUUCAUAUUCUACUGGGGACACAGGAUAUUGCACACAAAAUGGCUAUACAAACAUGUCCACAGUGUACAUCACGAGUAUGCGACACCAUUUGGACUUACCUCAGAAUAUGCUCAUCCGGCUGAAAUACUUUUCCUUGGGUUUGCAACCAUUGUUGGUCCUGCCAUCACUGGACCUCACUUGAUUACUUUGUGGUUAUGGAUGGUUCUGAGAGUCUUAGAGACGGUUGAGGCACAUUGCGGUUACCAUUUUCCAUGGAGUCUCUCAAACUUCAUUCCACUAUAUGGGGGAGCUGAUUUUCACGAUUAUCAUCACCGUUUAUUGUACACCAAAUCCGGAAACUAUUCAUCAACUUUCACUUACAUGGACCGGAUAUUUGGAAGUGAUGUAGGAUACAGAAAGUUAAAAGCAUUGAAGAAUUCAGGGUUUGAAGACAGUUACGAGCAAAAACAACAAUAAGAAUAAAUUCUUGGGAACAUCUAGAAUGGUUAGAAAGUUGAUUCCCAAUCCCAUCUUGAGAGUACAUUUGAAAAUUAGCUUUCCUAUCAACACAUUGUAGUUGUGUUUUUUAUUGUAGAUGCUCUUUUGUUGACAGUGAGUGUGGAUGGUUUUUUGUGGACAUUGAUGCUUGUUAUUAAAAAUGCUUUUAGCUACGCUGCUUCCAAAAUUGUAAUACCUCUUUACUGUAAUGUCUGUUAUUUGUUUUGAUAUAAAUUCAAUUGAUAUUACAAUUUGGAUAAA